AUUUCUAUUUUAUAAUGUUUCCAAAUUGUUUCCUUUUUUAUGAUCUCUAUGCCUCUCUUUCCAUGCAACUUUAAUUGUCUUUGUCUUUUGCCACCAACUGUUAUGAUGACAGUGACAGUAUUGUUAAUGAUAUGUCAUCUUGGUGUGUAUUGCCAAAAUAAAUCCAUUUGAGAAAAUCGUUAAUUUUAUAAGAGAAAGCCUAAAAGUGAAUAAGUCACCACAAGUAUUCUAACACUUUUUUGUUUAAAAACUAAAAAAUGGGGAAAACCUCGAAAGACAAACGAGAUAUCUAUUACAGGUUAGCAAAGGAAGAAGGAUGGAGAGCUAGAAGUGCAUUUAAGUUGUUACAAAUUAAUGAAGAAUACAAUAUAUUUAACGGUGUUUUGCGGGCUGUUGACCUUUGUGCGGCACCUGGUAGUUGGAGUCAAGUUUUAACAAAAAAACUGAAAGAAAAUGCUACAAAUGUCAACGAUGUUAAAAUCGUUGCUGUUGAUUUGCAAGCUAUGGCUGCUCUUCCAGGUGUAAAACAAAUCCAAGGCGACAUUACUAAAGUGAGCACUGCGCAUGAAAUCAUCAAGGAAUUUGAAGGAUCACAGGCAGAUUUAGUUGUUUGUGAUGGUGCUCCCGAUGUGACAGGCUUACAUGAUAUCGAUGAGUACGUCCAGUCGCAACUUCUGCUAGCCGCAUUGAAUAUAACUACACAUGUAUUAAAAAAUGGAGGUGUGUUUGUUGCAAAGAUAUUCCGGGGGAAAGAUGUCACACUUCUUUAUUCUCAACUGAAGCAAUUCUUUGAAUUGGUGACUGUUUCAAAGCCAAGGAGUUCAAGAAAUUCUAGUAUAGAAGCCUUUGUUAUCUGUCAGAAUUAUACUCCACCUGAUGGUUUUGUACCAACUAUGAUCAAUCCUCUUUUAGACCACAAGUAUUGUGACUUUAAUCAAUUGACAGGUCCUAACAGAUUUAUUGUACCCUUCAAUGUUUGUGGAGAUUUAAGUGCUUAUGACUCGGACACUUCAUAUUCAUUAUUGUUAGAGGGACAAUCAAAUUAUGAAUACAAAGAACCUGUACAAGGACCAAUUAACCCACCUUAUAAAGAUAUUCUGGAAAAAACUAAAAAUAUACAAUUAUGAA